ACUAGUACAGCCCAUCAGCAUCGAUGUCCAACCUUCCGAUCAAUAUUUUACAAUGACAACACCAGAUUCGCUCCCCGAAAUGCCUGCUACAGAGCAAAGUGAUGCUGUUGAAGAGUCUGAAGAUGAAUCUGAUGGAAUCUAUGCUGUACUGAGCAGUUUGCCCACAGCACAGGGAAGCUGUGAAGGUUCUUUGAAUUUCCUACAGCCUCCGACACAAGAGAGAUUCAGAAUGAGCUGCUGGACAGAGACAGAAAACUCUAGUGGGACUAGGGACUCAGGUGCAUCCCUACAGGAGGCUGCGGUACACUCGAUUGUGAGGGAUCUUGCCUCUCAUAUUGACAAGCUCUCAGUAGCCUACACAGAGCAGCUGAGCACCAUCUUGAAUGAACUUGAUCAGCUAAGGAUGAUUGUAACAGAUAUUCAGAAGGAUACGAAACGCCUUCAGAAUGCCCAGCCAGUUACAGAUGAAAGAAGCAGUCAAAACAGACGUACUAUUGCAGACAUGAAUUGUACACAGGUAGUCAGUAUGCUUGAAGCACUGGAUCUUCCCGAGUACAGGGAGGCGUUCUUGAAAGAGCGAGUGGACGGACAAGUCCUGCUGCAGCUGACGGAAGAAGUCCUCUCCACUGAACUUGGCGUCGAUUCCAAGUUGCACCGCAUCCGCAUAAUGAAUAUUAUUGCUGGAAGAACUCCAACGGAGAAACUUAGUUUACAUACGUAGAAUCUAACAGCAUUAGUGCAACGUCUCUAUAGCUGUGCCAGUGUGAAUCAAUAUUCCCGCGCGCGGGUC